ACGUGAGCGGAUACGGGAAGUGGCGGGUUCUGGUCGCUCCUCGUCCCUGCUCAAUGAGAAGCGCUUCACAGCGGCUGUCGCGGCCGGCGCCCGUCCAGUGUCGGACUCGGAGCUCCCGCCUCCGCCGGGCGGCCUCGCGCUGAGGAAAGAUGACAGCCAUCAAGCACGCGCUACAGAGAGAUAUCUUCACACCGAGCGACGAGCGCCUGCUGAGCAUCGUGAAUGUCUGCAAAGCGGGCAAGAAGAAAAAGAACUGUUUUCUGUGUGCCACAGUGACAACUGAGCGCCCAGUGCAGGUGAAGGUGGUCAAAGUCAAGAAGUCUGACAAGGGCGAUUUCUACAAAAGGCAGAUUGCUUGGGCCCUUCGCGACCUGGCUGUGGUAGACGCCAAAGAUGCCAUCAAAGAAAGUCCCGAAUUUGAUUUACAUUUUGAAAAGAUCUAUAAGUGGGUUGCCAGCAGCACUGCUGAAAAGAAUGCGUUCAUCUCGUGCAUUUGGAAACUGAAUCAGCGCUAUCUCCGCAAGAAAAUCGAUUUCGUCAAUGUUAGCUCACAGCUUUUGGAAGAAUCUGUUCCAAGCGGGGAGAAUCAGAGUGUAACAGGAGGGGAUGAAGAAGCCGUGGAUGAGUACCAGGAGUUAAAUGCAAGAGAAGAGCAGGACAUUGAAAUAAUGAUGGAAGGCUGCGAGUGUGCAAUCUCUAAUGCUGAAGCCUUUGCAGAGAAGUUGUCCAGGGAGCUGCAAGUGCUCGAUGGGGCUAACAUUCAGUCAAUCAUGGCCUCUGAAAAGCAGGUGAAUACCCUGAUGCAGUUGCUGGAUGAGGCCCUAAAGGAGGUGGAUCAGAUUGAGCUGAAACUGAGCAGUUACGAGGAAAUGCUCCAAAGUGUGAAAGAGCAAAUGGACCAGAUCUCUGAAAGCAACCACCUGAUUCAUCUCAGCAACACAAAUAACGUGAAGCUCCUGUCCGAGAUAGAGUUCCUCGUGAACCAUAUGGACUUGGCCAAAGGUCACAUAAAGGCCCUUCAGGAAGGGGAUCUUGCUUCUUCCCGAGGCAUUGAGGCCUGCACCAACGCUGCUGAUGCCCUUCUGCAGUGCAUGAAUGUCGCUCUUCGGCCAGGCCACGACAUGCUCCUGGCCGUCAAGCAGCAGCAGCAGCGCUUCAGUGACUUGAGGGAGCAUUUUGCCCGAAGACUGGCCAGUCAUCUCAACAAUGUUUUUGUUCAACAGGGUCAUGAUCAGAGUUCAACUCUUGCUCAGCAUUCUGCUGAACUGACUCUGCCCAAUCAUCAUCCAUUUCAUAGAGACUUGCUCCGAUAUGCCAAGCUGAUGGAGUGGCUAAAGAGUACAGAUUAUGGAAAAUAUGAAGGACUAACAAAGAAUUACAUGGAUUAUUUAUCCCGACUAUAUGAAAGAGAAAUCAAAGAUUUCUUUGAAGUUGCAAAGAUCAAGAUGACUGGCACCACUAAAGAAAGCAAGAAGUUUGCUACACUGCCUCGAAAAGAAAGUGCUGUCAAACAGGACCCAGAGAGUCUCCAUGGGAGCUCUGGGAAACUCACUGGAUCAACUUCUAGUCUGAAUAAACUGAGCGUCCAGAGCUCGGGCAAUCGCAGGUCCCAGUCAUCCUCCCUGCUGGACAUGGGGAACAUGUCUGCCUCAGACCUUGAUGUCGCCGAUAGAACCAAAUUUGAUAAGAUCUUUGAACAGGUACUGAGUGAACUGGAACCACUGUGUCUGGCAGAACAGGACUUCAUAAGUAAAUUUUUCAAACUACAGCAACAUCAAAACAUGUCUGCAUCAAUGACUGAAGCAGAAGACGUGGAUGGUGUUUCAUUAUCACGACAGCAUAGUUCUGGCACACUGCCGCCUGUUUCAUCUGAGAAAGAUAUGAUUCGCCAAAUGAUGAUUAAAAUAUUUCGCUGCAUUGAACCAGAACUGAACAACUUAAUUGCAUUAGGAGAUAAAAUUGAUAGCUUUAACUCCCUUUACAUGUUAGUCAAAAUGAGUCACCACGUGUGGACUGCACAGAACGUGGACCCUGCUUCUUUCCUAAGUACUACAUUGGGAAAUGUUUUGGUGACUGUGAAGAGGAACUUUGACAAAUGCAUUAGUAACCAAAUAAGGCAAAUGGAAGAAGUAAAGAUCUCGAAGAAAAGUAAAGUAGGAAUUCUUCCAUUUGUUGCUGAAUUUGAAGAAUUUGCUGGACUUGCAGAAUCAAUCUUCAAAAAUGCUGAACGUCGUGGCGAUCUGGACAAAGCAUACACCAAACUAAUCAGAGGAGUGUUUGUUAAUGUGGAGAAAGUAGCAAAUGAAAGCCAGAAGACCCCCAGGGAUGUAGUUAUGAUGGAAAACUUCCACCAUAUUUUUGCAACUCUUUCUCGACUGAAAAUCUCAUGUCUAGAAGCUGAGAAGAAGGAAGCCAAGCAGAAGUACACUGAUCACCUCCAGUCUUAUGUCAUUUACUCCUUAGGACAGCCUCUUGAGAAACUAAACCAUUUCUUUGAAGGCGUUGAAGCCCGAGUAGCACAGGGCAUACGGGAGGAGGAAGUGAGCUACCAGCUUGCAUUCAACAAGCAAGAGCUUCGCAAAGUCAUUAAAGAAUAUCCUGGCAAGGAGGUGAAGAAGGGUCUGGAUAACCUCUACAAGAAGGUUGAUAAGCACUUAUGUGAAGAGGAGAACUUACUGCAGGUGGUGUGGCACUCCAUGCAAGACGAAUUUAUACGCCAGUACAAGCACUUCGAGGGCUUGAUAGCUCGCUGCUAUCCUGGGUCUGGAGUCACAAUGGAGUUCACUAUUCAGGACAUUCUGGACUAUUGCUCCAGCAUUGCACAGUCUCACUAAACAAGCCUGAUGGAAGAACAAGAAGAAAUGAACACACUCUCAGUACACCAACACUACAUUAAAAACUAGAGCAAGUGCUUUGAGAAGGCAGACUCGAGCGUUUGUGUGUGACUGAAUGUGAGAUAACUGUGGUGCUCUGCCCCAGGUCCCGAGUGCAGAGCGCAGCCUGGGGGUCAGUUCUACUUGACCUCCCGGUGAUGCACUUAUGUAAGCAUUUAUCUCAUCAUGAACGCCUUCAGCACUCGCUUCUCUGUGCUGAGCGGGGCAUUUCCCUUAAUUGUCAGCUUCUGGUGUUUGCGAGUGGCUCUCCUGAGAGAACAGUGGGAGUUCGUCGGCACUCACUUCUCACCGGUUGCUAACAAAUCAUGGAACUGCAAAAGCAUAUACAGUAUUGUUUGUCCCUUGUUUAGCACGUGUCACAUGGGCAGGGGAGCUGAAGAGGUAGCCUGGAUUUUGAGGAUUAUGCGGCUCUGUAUAUUAAAUAAAAAAGUUUUUUAAAGUUGA